AUGGUGAAGCCCAUGGCGAGAGCGCCCCUGCUGUUCCGCGCUUGCAAGGGUCACCCUGUCCGGGUUGUGGACCCCGAACGCAGGUACAUCAAGUGCGGCGCGGCAGCGAGGCACUCCCACCAGGCAGUCGUCACUCCAGUGGACGAUGUCUCGGCACCGGGGCCGCCGGCCGCGAGAGAUUCCCGGCUGCGCGCGGGCGUCGCCCCGCCAUGGCGCGCGCCGGCCGACGCGUCGCAGCGGCGCGUGGACCUUGCCCCGCCGCGGCGCGAGGACACGGAUUCCAUUCCCCCGUGGCGAGAGAGCGCCGACAAUUGGUGGUCGUCUUGGAGCUGGAGCUCAGGCGACUGGCAGGGCUGCAGCAGCUGGAGCCGCGACAAUCACACUCUUGACCUCUCCGGUUUCGGACUGGAGUGGGUGUCUUACAUCGGCAAGGGGCAUUAUGCCACAGUCCAGCUGGUUCGCGAGGAGGACACGGGGCAGACCUUCGUGGCCAAGUGCGUCAGGCUCGGCCAGCUCAGCGAGAGGGACCAGCGACUUGCCAACCAGGAG